UGUGGUUCCGAGAUCAGGGUGACAGCUACAGUACGGAAGAAUGAGAACAGGAAGAGGCGUUUGGUGUUGAAUUGAAAACAGAAAUGGCGGGGAUGUUGUUGUUAUUAGCACUUUGAACCAUGGAACCAUGCCGUGAACAUGUAACGGGGCCUGCUGCUUGUGAUGGGAAGUUGGACAGGGGAUGGUCUAACAGCAAUAUAAGUGUCGCCUAGCAACAGUUAGCAAGUAUGGUAUUUAGGCGGCUAAUGCUAACCACAGCUAGAUGCUUUAGCAACGUAGGGGGUUCCUCCUGUUAGCUGCAAUAUUGCAUCACCGAGAAAGGAAUACAAAACUACCUGUGACCUGUGAUCUCACCUGUUGCACUGGUAGUUGUCGGAUAUCCAGCAAAUUUUAGACAAUGUCAGUCAACGGGAAAGUCAUCCCGCACACCCCGCUGGCCGUGGACUUCUGGCAGGUGCGGAAGUGUCCAGGCACACGGCUGUUUUUCCUGUCCCACAUGCACAGUGACCACACGGUGGGUCUGACUUCUACCUGGAACAACCGGCCCAUCUACUGUUCACUGACCACCGCCACUCUGCUCAGACUCAAGCUGCAGGUGAAGGAACAGUGGAUCCAUCCAUUAGAGCUGGAUGAGCCAUACAUGUUGCCAAUGGAUGACAUUGGCAAGGAGAAGCUGACAGUCACACUGAUAGAAGCCAACCACUGUCCAGGUUCUGUCAUGUUUCUCUUCGAAGGCUACUUUGGCUCAAUACUGUACACUGGUGACUUCAGAUACACUCCCUCCAUGUUGCGUGAGCCAUGCUUGAGGACCAGCACCACUAUCGAUGUCCUGUACCUGGACAACACCAAUUGUGACCCCAACCGCACCCUUCCCUCCAGACAGCGAGCCACUCAAGAAAUCAAAGAGAUAAUCCGCAGACACCCCAACCACAAUGUUGUCAUAGGCCUGUAUGCACUGGGCAAGGAGUCCUUGCUGUUGGAGCUGGCAAUGGAGUUUAAAACCUGGGUUGAGGUGAGCUUUGAGAGAAUGGAGACCCUCAAAGCCCUUGAACUGCCUGACGUCUUCACAACAGAACCAGGAGCGGGUCGUAUCCGGGUUGUGGAACAGUCACAGAUCUGCUCUGCCAAUGUACACCAGUGGGACAAAGAACAACCCACUUUGGCCAUCUUGCCCACCAGUAGGCCCCUGGUGUCCUUUCACCCAAAUGUCCAUGUGGUGCCCUACUCUGACCACUCCUCUUACCAAGAGCUAGAGGACUUUGUUUCUGCACUUAAACCCACCUCCCUUGUACCCAUUGUAGGAAACCAUGUACCUGGUAGCUUCUCUGCGUUACUGCCCCGCAGAAAGCGCCACGAAAUCCUGGUGCCUGAGUCUGUUGAACACUACAUGUUGAGUCAGCCUGAGAGCCAUCUCAGCUCCUCUGCAUACACCAGCCUCCGCCGCAGACAUUUCCAGCCUCUUUUACCGAAAGGGGUGGUGUUUGAUUCUCCUGUAUGUGGAGCUCGGAAGUCAGGUGAAAAAGCCUGGGACACAGAGUGCCUGGAGCCAGAUGCUUCUGAGGAACAGAUAGACACAGACGUUAGUGAAAAUUCUUCUGACUGCAUUGUUGUUGAUGUGAGCAAGUACCACACCCCUAACAAAAACAGAGGAGGGACUGGAGACAUGUGGAGCCUCAACAUCAUCAAGACCACAAAAACGCCAAUUGAGACUAAUGACAAAAUAAUGAAUGAGACUGUAUCAAAUGACAUUCACAGUAGUCCACAUACGAGACAUAGAAAUGUUCAGAACAACAACACACUUUCAGCCGAUGGUAGCAUGAGUCUGCACGGUGGACAUAGAAUUGAUCAGGACUGUGACAGUAUGUCAGAUGACCAAAUGAACAACAGCGUGGCAACAUUUCAGAGCCACCUGGGUAAAGAUUCCUGCUCAUCGUCUAGCUCCUCUGCUGUGCUGAAACAGAGCUAUACAGAAGAGAUUGAAAACAGUCUAUUAAAGAAUCUCCCUUUCACAGAGGGAGACUUUAAGACAUGUGGCCUCUUGCAGCAGAGCUUUGUGGAAAAGUUUUCUCUCCUUCCCUUAUGUCAUGUUAGUGAUGAUGACCUUUCAGACCAAUGAUGUCACAUGACAUGUUCGUUUUAGCCUUGAUGUUGAGAUUGUUGGUCUUUUGUGUGUGUGUAUCGAGCCAACAUAAUAUAAAUCAUUGGUACCUUUUUUUUUAAUGAUGUAACUCCCUUGUGGUGACUCUUAUUUUGAAACUCAUGUUGUGCAACUAGGAUCAUUAUUUUUCUUUUUUGCCUUGAAAAUCAACCGUAUUGAAACAUUGGUUGCUAACAAAAACAAAAGAGGAACCAGAGACCUACAGAAGGAGUGCCACUUAGAUGCACUUUGUUCCAGUGGAGAUCCAGACAAACACAAAGGCCUCAAGAAAGCCUUCUGAAGCUAAUGCCAAAAUAAUGAUGAAGACUGCUUUAAAUGAAUGUUAGAACAUUCAUCAACAUGGAAAUGUUCAGAUCAACCAGAGAUUGUGGUUAUAUCAUGCAUCUGUACAUUGGACAUGGAAUUUGUUCAGGACUGUGACACCAUCUCAGUUAACCCAGUGAACAGCAUGACAACAUAACAGGUAAGCCUUGGUAAAUCCAACUUUCUUUUUUCCUUUGUUUGCUUUCUUUAUUAUGUAAUGUCCUUUUGGUGCUUCCAUUUUGUAUGGGUUGCCUUGAGUUCUGUGGUUAAAGUCUCAUUAGAAAACCCUAUCCCUCAUGUUGUAUUUGAAUAAAAAAUAAUAGGUGGAUAGCGCACAGCUCUCUGUAAGGGAUGUUUGUAAAGUUGAAUUUUCACAAGAUGUAGAAGUAAGCCAAUAACAUGUUUUGUCUUGAGACGCUGCUCACUUUUUUGUUCUUGAAUCUUGAAUCUACUAACACAGAGCAGAACCAGCUGUCUCUUAUUUUAGCCAACACAGAAUGGUAGUUUGAAGGUCUGCAUGCUUUCUGGUGCCCUGAGUAACGACCACAAAACUUCAUCCACAAUCCACAAAUAAAGAAAUGUCAACACAG